GUUGCAUUUCACAGGUGACAUCUAAACGUUGUUGGAUUUCGACGUUCAUUGAAUGAUGAAAUCCUUACUAACGUUUGUAGCGUGUUUGCUGGUUGCUGCCAUACAGACGGACGCACAAACUAGAAAUAUAGCACCACAAUGUAGAAUAGUGCCGUCUCCUGGAAGAUGCGCUGCCUCUGAAAAGAGAAGAAUGUGGAGCUUUAGUAGUAAAAUUGGUGCAUGCGCAGAACUGUAUGGUUGCUAUGGAAUUCGAGACAGAAAUGUAUUUCGGACAAGGGCGGAAUGUGCACGAAGCUGUUUCAUAACCGAUACGAAUGAUCCGUCUACAAAUGCCUAUCUCGAUUGUGAAGUGAACCCAUCACCAGGAUUAUGUCAAGAAAGCGAGAAGAGAGCAUACUACAGUUACAGCAGUAAAACAAACACAUGUAUACAGAUCCACGGCUGUUACAGUCUUAGCGACCGAAAUAUUUUCUUGACUCGUGGACGAUGUAGAUCAGUUUGUAUAAUCAAUCGACCAUCUAACGGACCGCUCCCUACCAUCAUACCGGGAAUACCGGAGACGCUCCCUGCCAGCACACCUCCGGCGGAAGUAGGAUAUGAAAUUGCAAGAGAUUGUACAGUCAACCCGUCUGCUGGUGUAUGUUUACCAUCACAGAAAAGGAACUUUUUUACCUACUCCAGCAAAUCAGGCUCGUGUGUGCAAAUCUACGGUUGCUACAGCGUCCGAGACCGUAACGUGUUCCUGUCACGUGACACGUGUCGUUCUAAUUGUAUAAUUAGAGACACAACUGGUCCAACUCCAGAAUGGAGGAGGGAAACUCAAUGUUACAUAAACCCAUCACCUGGUCGGUGUAACCCUAGUGACAGACAGUCUAUGUGGAGUUUCAGCACAAAAACAAAUGAUUGCCAGCAAAUAUUUGGUUGCUACAGUGUACGAGAUAGGAACGUGUUCAGGACUUUAAACAACUGCAGAGAUAAAUGUGUUGGUAACAAGAACGAUGUUACUCCACCACCCAUAGAUCUUAAUAUAAAAAUUGCUUUAGAAUGUCGAAUCAAUCCUUCACCUGGAAUUUGUGCAGACAGGGAAAAGAAACGUUUUUUCAGUUAUUCGAGUAAGACCGGAGACUGUGACGAGAUUUACGGCUGUUAUUCUAUCAGGGACCGUAACGUGUAUCUUACAAAACCUGGUUGUAGACGGAGCUGUUUUCUGAGCGAGGGUAGCACUCAUUCCGGUGUCAUGGAAUCACAAUGUUACAUAGUACCUUCACAAGGAGUGUGUCGUCCGGAAGAAAGGAGAAAUUACUAUACAUUCACAACAAAAACCAACACGUGUGUUCGCAUCUUUGGUUGCUACGGGAUACGUGACAGAAACGUGUUUCUUACGCGCACCGGCUGCACACAGUCUUGUUCCGGAGAUAUAACAAUACAGCCUGUGACACCUGCCGUUGAUUUUGGAAUUGUUGAGGUGGUGCCCCUCCCUGAUAAAUAUACUAUAGCACCAGAAUGUAGAAUCAAUCCAUCACCCGGUGUUUGUCAAGACAGCCAAAAACGUAAUUUCUACACGUAUAGUAGUAAGACGUCAAGUUGCGUGCGCAUUUUCGGUUGUUACAACAUCCGGGACAGAAAUGUGUUUAUGCGUCGAGAGGGAUGCAGGCAAAGAUGCUACCUACCUGAAUCAGUAACGCCAUCUGGUGGCAUGGAUAGACAAUGCUACCUGAACCCAGCUCCGGGAAGGUGUCCGGACAGCGAGAGAAGAACUUAUUGGAGUUAUAAUUCUAAAACCAUGUCGUGUAGACAAUUAUAUGGUUGCUACAGUAUCAGGGAUAGAAACGUUUUCUUGAGGAAGGAAGGCUGUGAGAGAACGUGUAGCAGUGGUGUGACAACACCAGAAAUACCUACUCUACCACCUGUUCCAAUUCGUGACGUCAGUCUUGAAUGUCGAAUUAAUCCAUCACCCGGUCGCUGCCGAGAACAAGACCGACGCACAUACUUUACAUACAGUACCAAGACACAUAGAUGUACGGAAAUAUACGGCUGUUACAGCAUUAGAGACCGCAACGUCUUCCUAACACGUGAACUUUGUAGACAAGGUUGUUUUAAAACCGACAGUCCUCCAAAUGUAGAUGCCCAGUGUUCAAUAAAUCCAUCCCCUGGUAAUUGUGCAGAGAAUCAACGCCGUAACUACUAUAGUUAUAGUUCCAAAACAUCUUCAUGCGUACAGAUAUAUGGCUGUUACAGUGUCAGAGAUAGAAAUGUAUUCUUGACAAGAGCAGGCUGUCGGCGGAAUUGCGUUUUACCAAAAAUAACACCGACAUCCGACCCCGUUGGACCUAAUUCGCAGACCAACUUUGUCGAUGUUAGAAACGGCGAAAGAACAAACAUGGUCGAUGUCAGAAAUGGUGGUGGAACAAGUAAUAUGGUCGACGUGAGAAAUGAUAGAAGAAUGAAUAAUAUGGUCGAUGUUAGAAAUGGUGGUGCAACAAGCAAUAUGGUCGAUGUUAGAAAUGACAGAAGAACAAAUAUGGUCGAUGUUAGAAAUGAUAGAAGAACAAACAUGGUCGAUGUUAGAAAUGGUGGUGCAACAAGCAAUAUGGUCGACGUGAGAAAUGACAGAAGAACAAAUAUGGUCGAUGCUAGAAAUGGUGGUGCAACAAGUAAUAUGGUCGACGUGAGAAAUGACAGAAGAACAAAUAUGGUCGAUGUUAGAAAUGGUGGUGCAACAAGCAAUAUGGUCGACGUGAGAAAUGACAGAAGAACAAAUAUGGUCGAUGUUAGAAAUGGUGGUGCAACAAGUAAUAUGGUCGACGUGAGAAAUGACAGAAGAACAAAUAUGGUCGAUGUGAGAACUGGUGGUGCAACAAGCAAUAUGGUUGACGUGAGAAAUGGUGGUGGAACAAGCAAUAUGGUCGACGUGAGAAAUGACAGAAGAACAAAUAUGGUCGAUGUUAGAAAUGGUGGUGCAACAAGCAAUAUGGUCGACGUGAGAAAUGACAGAAGAACAAAUAUGGUCGAUGUGAGAACUAGUGGUGCAACAAGCAAUAUGAUCGACGUGAGAAAUGGUGGUGCAACAAGUAAUAUGGUCGACGUGAGAAAUGACAGAAGAACAAAUAUGGUCGAUGUUAGGAAUGGUGGUGCAACAAGCAAUAUGGUCGACGUGAGAAAUGACAGAAGAACAAAUAUGGUCGAUGUGAGAACUGGUGGUGCAACAAGCAAUAUGGUCGACGUGAGAAAUGACAGAAGAACAAAUAUGGUCGAUGUUAGAAAUGGUGGUGCAACAAGCAAUAUGGUCGACGUGCGAAAAGACAAAAGAACAAAUAUGGUUGACGUCCGAAAUGAUGGUGGAGCAAGUAACAUGGUUGACGUUAGAAAUGGUGCAGGAACUAAAAUGGUCGAUGUUAGAAGUGGUGGAAGGGCGAAUAUGGUUGAUGUAAGGACAGCAGGUAAUGUGCAUGAUAUGACUGACAUAAGAAGAGGUGGUGGUCUGACAAUGAAUGAUAUUAGAAAUGGAAAAACAACAAUGACUGACAUUAGAAGUAGCGGAAGUUCAAGUAUGGUGGAUGUACGAAAUCCCGUUACAAAUAUGAUCGAUGUUCGACGUAAUGCUGGUUCUACUAUGGUCGAUGUAAGAGAAAAUGGUGCCAAUAUGGUUGACGUCAGAGGAAAUCGUGUUAAUAUGGUUGAUGUUCGAGGUAACCUCGGCUCUCCAUCUAGAAACGUAGGUUCUUCGAAUCUGGUUGACGUUAGAAACGAAAGGACAAACAUGAUUGACGUCAGAGACAAAGGAAUUUCUAAUAUGGUAGACGUUAGACAGGGAGCAUCCGGUCCAUUGGUUGACAUACGCGGUGAUCAAGCUCAAACAAACUUGGUUGAUAUUCGAGGAGGGCAAAAUAAUGCAAACAUGAUUGACGUACGUGGCGGGACUGAUGUAAAUUUGGUCGAUAUCCGUGGUGGAAAAAUAAAUGCUGGAAUGGUUGACGUUCGUGGUGGAAAAGUAAAUGCUGGAAUGGUUGAUAUCCGUGGUGGAAGAAUAAAUGCUGGAAUAGUCGACAUUCGCGGUGGACAGACAGGAAAUAACAUGGUCGAUGUACGUGGGGCACACACCGGAAGUGACAUGGUUGACGUUCGCACUGGACAAACCGGUAGUGGCAUGGUUGAUGUCCGUGGUGGACAAACCGGUAGUGGUAUGGUUGACAUUCGUGCUGCACAAACCGGUAGUGGCAUGGUUGAUGUCCGUGGUGGACAAACCGGUAGUGGCAUGGUUGAUGUCCGUGGUGGACAAACCGGUAGUGGUAUGGUUGACAUUCGUGCUGCACAAACCGGUAGUGGCAUGGUUGAUGUCCGUGGUGGACAAGCAGGAAGUAGCAUGGUUGAUGUCCGCGGUGGACAAACUGGAAGUGGCAUGGUUGACAUUCGUGCUCGACAAACCGGUAGUGGCAUGGUUGAUGUCCGUGGUGGACAAACCGGUAGUGGUAUGGUUGAUGUCCGUGGUGGACAAAGAGGUAGUGGUAUGGUUGAUAUUCGAGCUGGACAAACCGGUAGUGGCAUGGUUGAUGUCCGUGGUGGACAAACAGGUAGUGGUCUGGUUGACAUUCGUGCUGGACAAACCGGUAGUGGCAUGGUUGAUGUCCGUGGUGGCCAAACCGGAAGUGGUAUGGUUGACAUUCGUGCUCGACAAACCGGUAGUGGCAUGGUUGAUGUCCGCGGUGGACAAACUGGAAGUGGCAUGGUUGACAUUCGUGCUGGACAAACCGGUAGUGGCAUGGUUUGAUGUCCGCGGUGGACAAACCGGUAGUGGUAUGGUUGACAUUCGUGCUGGACAAACUGGUAGUGGCAUGGUUGAUGUC